AUGUAUGUGGAUGCUGGAACCAAGCAAUGUUUCUACCGAGAUUUGUCUGUUGAUUCAGUACUUCUUGGGUCAUAUAGGAUUGAGGUGUUAGAUGAACAGGGCGUGUAUGUCACGCCAAGGGAUAAAGAUAACACUGGGGUGAUUGUUGAUGUGGAGGAGAAUUUUGACUCCAACAAUCGUGUGAUCCAUCAAAGAGGCUCUUUCUCAGGAAAGUUCUCCUUCAGUCCGCUUGAGGAAGGGUCUCAUCGUAUAUGCUUGACUCCCAAGCUGUUCUAUAAAAGAAAAUGGAAGGGGGAAGAUCCAGUGGCUCUUCAAGAAUCCAAGUUCAAGCAGGCAAGGGUGACUCUUGAAUUCGACAUUGGCGACGCUUCGAAUAUCCUAGCGAAGGAUUCCACAGAGAUAGAGGAAUUGACCUCCAGAGUAGCGCUGUUGAUCGAGAAGGUCACAUACAUCAAGCGUGAGCAGGGCUUUAUCAGAGCGAAAGAAGCCACUUUCCGUGAUUUGCUGGAACGGGCUUGUGAGAAAGUAGUGUCAUGGCUGGUGCUUCAGCUUGGGAUCAUGGCGAUUACGUUCCUUUAUCAGCUAUGGACCUUGCUUCGGUUCUACAUGAAGAGGAAGACUCAUAUCGACUAA